AUGAAAAAGAAGGGACUUUUGGGGGGGGGGGGGGGGGGGGGGGGGGGGGGGGGGGGGGGGGGGGGGGGGGGGGGGGGGGGGGGGGGGGGGGGGGGGGGGGGGGGGGGGGGGGGGGGGGGGGGGGGGGGGGGGGGGGGGGGGGGGGGGGGGGGGGGGGGGGGGGGGGGGGGGGGGGGGGGGGGGGGGGGGGGGGGGGGGGGGGGGGGGGGGGGGGGGGGGGGGGGGGGGGGGGGGGGGGGGGGGGGGGGGGGGGGGGGGGGGGGGGGGGGGGGGGGGGGGGGGGGGGGGGGGGGGGGGGGGGGGGGGGGGGGGGGGGGGGGGGGGGGGGGGGGGGGGGGGGGGGGGGGGGGGGGGGGGGGGGGGGGGGGGGGGGGGGGGGGGGGGGGGGGGGGGGGGGGGGGGGGGGGGGGGGGGGGGGGGGGGGGGGGGGGGGGGGGGGGGGGGGGGGGGGGGGGGGGGGGGGGGGGGGGGGGGGGGGGGGGGGGGGGGGGGGGGGGGGGGGGGGGGGGGGGGGGGGGGGGGGGGGGGGGGGGGGGGGGGGGGGGGGGGGGGGGGGGGGGGGGGGGGGGGGGGGGGGGGGGGGGGGGGGGGGGGGGGGGGGGGGGGGGGGGGGGGGGGGGGGGGGGGGGGGGGGGGGGGGGGGGGGGGGGGGGGGGGGGGGGGGGGGGGGGGGGGGGGGGGGGGGGGGGGGGGGGGGGGGGGGGGGGGGGGGGGGGGGGGGGGGGGGGGGGGGGGGGGGGGGGGGGGGGGGGGGGGGGGGGGGGGGGGGGGGGGGGGGGGGGGGGGGGGGGGGGGGGGGGGGGGGGGGGGGGGGGGGGGGGGGGGGGGGGGGGGGGGGGGGGGGGGGGGGGGGGGGGGGGGGGGGGGGGGGGGGGGGGGGGGGGGGGGGGGGGGGGGGGGGGGGGGGGGGGGGGGGGGGGGGGGGGGGGGGGGGGGGGGGGGGGGGGGGGGGGGGGGGGGGGGGGGGGGGGGGGGGGGGGGGGGGGGGGGGGGGGGGGGGGGGGGGGGGGGGGGGGGGGGGGGGGGGGGGGGGGGGGGGGGGGGGGGGGGGGGGGGGGGGGGGGGGGGGGGGGGGGGGGGGGGGGGGGGGGGGGGGGGGGGGGGGGGGGGGGGGGGGGGGGGGGGGGGGGGGGGGGGGGGGGGGGGGGGGGGGGGGGGGGGGGGGGGGGGGGGGGGGGGGGGGGGGGGGGGGGGGGGGGGGGGGGGGGGGGGGGGGGGGGGGGGGGGGGGGGGGGGGGGGGGGGGGGGGGGGGGGGGGGGGGGGGGGGGGGGGGGGGGGGGGGGGGGGGGGGGGGGGGGGGGGGGGGGGGGGGGGGGGGGGGGGGGGGGGGGGGGGGGGGGGGGGGGGGGGGGGGGGGGGGGGGGGGGGGGGGGGGGGGGGGGGGGGGGGGGGGGGGGGGGGGGGGGGGGGGGGGGGGGGGGGGGGGGGGGGGGGGGGGGGGGGGGGGGGGGGGGGGGGGGGGGGGGGGGGGGGGGGGGGGGGGGGGGGGGGGGGGGGGGGGGGGGGGGGGGGGGGGGGGGGGGGGGGGGGGGGGGGGGGGGGGGGGGGGGGGGGGGGGGGGGGGGGGGGGGGGGGGGGGGGGGGGGGGGGGGGGGGGGGGGGGGGGGGGGGGGGGGGGGGGGGGGGGGGGGGGGGGGGGGGGGGGGGGGGGGGGGGGGGGGGGGGGGGGGGGGGGGGGGGGGGGGGGGGGGGGGGGGGGGGGGGGGGGGGGGGGGGGGGGGGGGGGGGGGGGGGGGGGGGGGGGGGGGGGGGGGGGGGGGGGGGGGGGGGGGGGGGGGGGGGGGGGGGGGGGGGGGGGGGGGGGGGGGGGGGGGGGGGGGGGGGGGGGGGGGGGGGGGGGGGGGGGGGGGGGGGGGGGGGGGGGGGGGGGGGGGGGGGGGGGGGUGGGGGGGGGGGGGGGGGGGGGGGGGGGGGGGGGGGGGGGGGGGGGGGGGGGGGGGGGGGGGGGGGGGGGGGGGGGGGGGGGGGGGGGGGGGGGGGGGGGGGGGGGGGGGGGGGGGGGGGGGGGGGGGGGGGGGGGGGGGGGGGGGGGGGGUGUGGGGGGUGGGGGGGGGGGGGGGGGGGGGGGCGGUGGGGGGGGGUGGGGGGUGGUGGGGGGGGGGGUGGGUGGGGGGCGGGGGGGGGUGGGGUGGGGGGUGGGUUGGGUGGGGGGGGGGGGGGGGGGGUGGAGGUGGGGGGCGUGUGGGGGGGUGUGUGUUUGGUGGGUCUGUGAUGAGAUUCUUGGUUUGAAGGUAGUGGGCUUUGGUGGUGGGGGUGGGGGGGUUGUGCUGCGUAUUUUAGUCUUUAGGUUGUGA